AUGGUUCAAGACCAUCCUGCUCAGAUACUAGCUGAUACCGGUGCUGGUUUGUCCAUAGUCUCAGAUUCUUUCAUUAGUAAGUACCAAAUACCCACAAAACCCAUAAAAACAAGAUCGAUCCAUGGUGUCACCGGGCACCAACUCUCCAUCAAUAGUUCUGCGAGCAUGCAGGUAUCUAUUGGUACACACAAUCUGGGUGUGGUCGAAGCUUCAGUGGCCGACACUGCGGACUAUGACCUCAUCCUGGGGUUCACUGAGCUACGGAGGCUCAAACCCACCAUACAAUGGGAUACGGGCCAGCUGGAGUUCAAGACUCAGGAGCAGGACCGACCCCCUAGGAGACCCCCUGAAGCAGCAAGAGCAGGGGACCUAACCAUGAGGAGACCAACCCUUCAUGGUAACGAGUUUGUCUCAGCAGAGCGCAUACUACGAGCAGCUCUGGAAGAUGGACCCAUAGGGUUCAUGCUGUUAGAGGAGCCACCAUCAUCACUCCCGGCCUUUGGUUUUGUACCUACAGGCGCAGACAAAGGAGUCGAGAUGGAGGUGGAGGUAGAUAAGGUGGUGACGGCUGCAGACAUACCAAAGCCAUACCAACACCUGCGAGAUGUGUUUGAUGAGGUGGAAGCAGACAAGCUGCCCCAUCAUACCGAGCAUGAUCUCCACCUUGAGUUGAUAGAAGGAGGUAAGCCACCUCAAGGGCCCCUAUACCUUAAGGGACCCAAGGAGAUGUCCGAGUUGAGGAGAUACUUGGAUGAGAACCUCGAGAAGGGGUUCAUAAGACCAUCGAAGAGCCCGGCACGAUCACCAGUGCUCUUCGUACCAAAGAAGGAUGGAGGUCUCAGACUCUGUGUGGACUACAGAGGUCUCAACGAGAUCACUGUCAAGAACAGGGCACCAUUGCCCCUCAUCGAGGAGCAGCUGUUCUUACUCAGGAAGGCAAGGAUCUAUACCAAGCUAGACCUUAGAGCAGCAUACAACCUCAUCCGGAUUGCUAAAGGAGAUGAAUGGAAGACAGCUUUUGGCACUCAGUUGGGACUCUAUGAGUACCUAGUGAUGCCCUUUGGCCUAGCCAAUGCUCCGGCUCACUUCCAGUCAUUCAUCAAUGACAUCUUCCGAGACAUCAUUGGAGUAUAUGUAGUGGUAUACUUAGAUGACUUCCUGAUCUUCAGUGACACUGAAGAGGUACAUGUGAAGCAUGUCACUGAGGUCCUCACUCGCUUAAGGAGCAACAGGCUCUUUGCUAAGCUGUCGAAGUGUGAGUUCCACACCAAGACAGUCGAGUUCCUGGGGUACAUCAUCAAGCCAACGGGCAUAGAGAUGGACCCAGAAAAGGUGCGCACUGUCAAGGAGUGGCCAAUGCCAGAGUCAAUCCAUGACAUCCAGAGGUUCCUGGGUUUUGCCAACUUCUAUCGAAGGUUCAUAGCCCACUUUGCUCGCAUAGCCAAGCCCUUGACAGCACUGGUAAAGCCUAUAGAACGGUUCAAGAAGCUCGAGCUACCAGAGGAGGCCCAACAGGCCUUCCACAAGCUCAUCCAGGCCUUCACAUCAGCAGGAGUGCUUCAGCACUUCGACUACCACCUUCCAACAAGGUUGGAGACUGAUGCAAGUGACUUUGCUAUAGCAGGAGUGCUCAAGCAGGAGCAUGAAGGACGAUGGCAUCCAGUGGCCUUCUACUCUAGGAAGAUGUCUUCUGCCGAGAAGAACUAUGAGAUCCAUGAUAAGGAGCUCCUAGCUGUGGUCGCCUGCCUCACUCAGUGGCGACACAUGCUAGCUGGACUACCGAACCAACUGGUCAUCCUCACUGACCAUGAAGCCCUCAAGUACUUCAAGUCACAGAGACGCAUCACAGGUCGACAGGCUCGAUGGGCCAUACUACUAGCAGACUUCGACUUCAUAUUGCAGUAUCGACCAGGAGACAAAGGUGGUGAACCCGAUGCUCUCACCAGAAGGACAGACAUGCAACCAGCUGGUGAAGAGCAGGAUCACAAUGUGAGGCAACUACUGCCUCCUCGAGUGUUCAAGGAGACAGCAGACCAUGACUCGCUCCUAGUGGCCCCCAUGAUCUCGAUGGAGUCCAUAGCAUCAAAAGGUCUCAAAGACCUGGUCAAGAUCUUCCAGCCCUUAGACCAAGAGCUACAGGAGAUACAUAGGAAGAAGCCCUUCGAGGUCAGGGAUGACCUAUGGUACAGUGGAGGAAGGUUGGUUAUCCCCAAAGUGAUCAUGCCAGGGAGGACCAACAACCGACACUCAAGGAGUGCCAAAGAGGUAGAUGGACAGUCUCUCUCUGUAGAGCAUCUGCGAUUCAUGGUGAUGACCCAAUGCCAUGAUGGUAUCACUGCUGGACACGUAGGAAGAGAUGCUACCAUCAAGGCAGCACAACGACAUUACUGGUGGCCAAACAUGACAGCUUGGAUUGCAGACUAUGUAGCAAGUUGUCCUGUAUGUGCUAGGUACAAAGCUCCUCGUCAUCGUCCAUAUGGUUUGCUACAGCCACUAGCAACCCCAGACAGGCCCUGGGGCUCCAUAUCCCUCGACUUCAUUGAAGGACUACCACCAUCAAAGAAGUAUGACUCCAAGACCUAUGACUCUAUCCUAGUCAUCGUCGACAGGUUAACCAAGUUUGCCAUACUAGCUCCAACCCAUAAGACAGUCACAGCCAAACAGACUGCAGUAUUGCUAUAUGGACACAUGGUUAGACUCUUCGGAUAUCCAGAUCACAUGGUCUCGGACCGAGGCAGGCAGUUCAUAUCAGGAGCAUGGAAGGCAUUUGCAGAGCAAAUGGGUGUGAAGCACUCACUUAGCACGGCCUACCAUCCUCAAACUGAUGGUCAGACAGAGAGAGUCAAUCAGGUCAUAGAGCAAUAUCUCAGGAUGUACUGCAACUAUGAGCAGAAUGACUGGGCCAACCUGCUGGACACUGCGGCCUUUGUAUACAACAACACGGUCCACAACAGCAUUGGUGUCUCACCAUUCUUUGCAUGCUAUGGAUGGAACCCCAAAGCUCAUCCUGACAUCCCUCAACGACUAGGAGUCAAUGAUCCAGGUCGCUUCGAGUACCUCAUGGAUGGAAAGGAGCGUUGCAAGUACCUCCAAGAGCAGAUCAGAGAGGCACAAUGGAGAUCAGUAGACCAGUAUAACAGGAAGCACAAGGACAUCGAGUUUAAGGAAUGGGUAGGACACCGAGCUUAUCGAAUCACAUUGCCAGCAAACCUUAGGGUGCAUGAUGUGUUCCAUGUCUCCAUGCUCGAGCCAGCAAGAACAAGUUCUCUUCCUCAACGUGCUGAACAGCCCACCAUACCAUCACUUCCAGAUGAGGACCUCGACUUCGAAGUUGAAGCACUCAUCGACAAGCGUUCACACAAUGGGACUACAGAGUACAAGGUGUUGUGGAGAGGGUACUCAGAAGAAGCUGCUUCAUGGGAACCAGUAGAGAACCUCAACUGUCCUGACCUCAUCCAGGAGUAUGAGGUGUCGGAGGGGGGACGAUGUCAUGGGCCUGGAUGCUCAAGAAGCAGGAGGGUCAUGGGUUCAUAUGGAAGGAGCACAGGUAUCAAAGAGCUAGUCAAUACCAGUGGAGAGCAUGGUCGUAGUGCAGUCUCCAUGGAGACCAUGGACUCCUAUGGACUCACAUGCAAAGGAGAACCGAGCCACAUGCGAGGAGGGCCAGGCACAGCCACGAGGAGGACCAAGCUCAAGGAGCAGGCACAGCCACGAAGAGGACCAAGCUCAAGGAGCAUGCAGAUGGUUACCACUCAGGGGCUCGAGAGACAAGAGCCAAAGGAACUGUCACUGAUCAAAGGAGGAGGAGCAGUGUCGAAGGAGUCGACACCAGGUCAUGAGGAGGAGGAGCAGUGUCGAAGGAGUUGA